AGCCAAAGGAGGAACCAGCGGAGGAGACACUUGGACUGAGUCCUCGGCGCGGAGAGGAGCAGAGCAGAGCGCAGCGCCGGACUGUGGCGCGGAUCCGUCCUCCUCCUUUGGUCCGGGUCACGCAGAGACACUCGGAGUGAAUUUUCAGUUUCAUUCUCAUCUUCGAGACUUGAAGAUGGUUUAAGAUGCAGAAGAGACUCGCUGGGAGAGGAUUCAGCGGGGAUGCUUCUUCACGCACGGCUGGACUCUGCGCCUUGGAGUGAAUUUAAGAGCUAAAGUGAGUAGAGUUCUGAUCAUGUUGAAGUGAAAUCAUGUGAACCAGCAGACUGGGUUCAGACUCCAGAAUGAUGAUUAAAAUCGGUUUUAGAAGCAGGUGUCUCCUUAAACUCUGAGAGACAAAUCUUUGCGUGAAUUCCCGCAGAAACCUCCGCACCAGCUGCGCUAAUCUGCGGGUAAAUAAACGUGCAGUAGUGUCGUGUUAGACGCACAGAGUUUACUGGGAUUUCUGCACGGAUCCCUCUUUGCAUCCCGAGGAUUACUGUCUGGAUGUGCGGGAGGUUCACGCAUGGCUGCGCGCUGGAGAUGGAUAUCCAGUGAAAUAGGGAAGGAGAGCUCGGGGAGAGGACAUGUGAGGCUGAGAGUAAACCGGCAGGACAGUUUGGAGCUCAGUCUCUGUCACGUUCCUGGUGGUAAAAACGCCCAAAGUCGACAUUUAAGAACCGCUGAACUCGGCAGCCUCUUUAAAUAUCACUCAAACUCCAUGAAACAUUUACAACCCUAGGAGACAUCAACAGUCAGGAGACAUCAACAGUCCGGAGACAUCAACAGUCAGGAGACAUCAACAGUCAGGAGACAUCAACAGUCAGGAGACAUCGACAGUCAGGAGACAUCAACAGUCAGGAGACAUCCCCGAUCUGCUCCUGCAGGAGGGGAUGGACGUUUCAGAUUCAGCUCUUUAACCCUCAAUAUUACUGCAGUCUUAAUGAUCGUGUUUUUAUUUCUAAAUUAAUGAAAUUAGAGCUAAAAAGAGAAAAUAAGAUCCUGACUCUGAACUGAAGGAUGUCCAGGAACGUGCCGGACUCUGCGGAUUAACGACCACGAGCAGCAGCUGGGUUUUGUUUACUACUACAGCUGUUGUUGUCCGGCCAGAUUAUGACAUCAUCCCGCUUUACUCUGGAGCAUCAGUCCAUCCACCCCCAUCAGAACCAUCAGAACCAUCAGGACCAUCAGAACCAUCAGAACCAUCAGAACCAUCAGAACCAUCAGAACCGUCCAUCUUUAUAUCGAACAUACAACUAUCAAUAUCUGUCAUUCAUCAGUGCACUGACCAUCCAUCCAAAGACCACUGACCAUCUUCCCAUCCAUCCACCUAUCAAUCUAUCAAUCACUCCAUCCAUCCAUCUUCGUGUCUACCAUCAUGAUUCAUCUCCAUCUCCUCUCACAGCUCCAGCAGGUCUGUUUCUCUGAUCUGACGUCUCUCCCCGUCUGUUUCUCCCUCAGGUCAUGGACUCAGCGGUUUAGCCAACAGUCGAUCCAAUGAUUGAGACCGGCACUCCGAGCAUGUUCGGCGGGACCGAGCCGGCGCACUGCACCGUGUGCUGCUGCACCCUGACCAACAAAAUCCUCAUGGUGCUCUUCAUGGUGCUGCUCAUCCUCGCCAUCUUGUUCGGGAACUUGGUGACCCUGGCGGUGAUCUUGGGGACGAAACACUUUAAGACCUCGCAGGGUUACCUGAAGGCGUCGCUCGCCGUGGCUGAUCUGGUGGUGGGGAUUUUUGUGGUGCCGGUGUCUGUCUACGCGGAGGUUUAUCUCAUGGUGACGGACUCGGCACCGGAGUGGACUUCUUACAACUCGCAGUCCGUCAAUUUCCACCCGUGCAACAUCAUCGGGCCCAUCUUUGCGGGGUGCACUUUCGUCUCCAUCACGACCAUCUUCCUGCUGACGAUCGAGAGGAGCAUCGCCGUGUUGAGGCCGCUGCACAAAGACUCCGUGAUCACCCGUAAGAGGACCAUGAUCCUCAUCGUCCUCUCCUGGGUGGGCAGCUUCUUCUUGGCCGUGUCUCCGAUGGUUUUCAGCAGCGAGAUCGCUCUGGAGUACAACUCCUGCAGCCGGAUGUGUAACUACGCUCUGGGGAACAUCGGCGAGUUCCCCAGCCAGGCCUGGAACAUCCUCCUCCUCUUCCCCGUCUUCGACUUCACGCUCCUCGGGGGAACCGUGGUCAUCAACAUCAUCUCUCUGUCCAGCAUCAGGCAGCACUCGCGGCGCAGGAAACACCUCGCCGAGGCCGAGUGCCAAAGCACCACCAAACCCACCUUCUCUGACAUUAAAGCGGCCAAAACAAUAGGCGCCCUUACGGUGGCGUUCACCGCAUCAUUCACCCCCAUCGCCGUCUUCGUGGUCGGGAACGUCCUGGGGAAUAAAUGGUGCAACUUUUCCUUUUUUGCCUUCUGGAUUUUGGCGACCAACAGCUGCUGGAAUGUGAUCAUCUACAGUGUGAGGGAUCAGAAGUUCAGACUGAGAGCACACAAGCUCCUCAUGCCUUUCCAGAGAAAAGACUCGACCAAAACUUAGAAACUCAGGGACCAGAGACCAGGAGGAGAACCUGAACCUGACACACGUGCGCCGCGCUCAGAGGCGUGUCUGCAUGUUUUAUGGAUUGCUGUCGUGGUUAAUCUGUUUCUGUUUUAGCAUCAUUAAAGCAUGAGAAGUGUCGGGUACUGAACGUCCCUCUCGGUGGGCGUUCGUUUUGUUCUGUGUAACAGAAGCUUGCUCCAGUCUGUCGAUGAUUGUCAACCAGAGUGUGAUCUAUUAAAACAUGAAACAAACUAAAUCUGCCGUCUGGUUUCUGAGAGUGUCAGGAGGAGAGCGGAGGAGGGACAUGUUGGAGAAAACUCACCGUCCUUCUAACAGAAUGAUCAGAAGUUAAACGACGAAAAAAUCAGACUGAUGGAGAAAGACGAGGACUCUAAAACAUUAUAAUUAUCAUUUAAAUUCAGAAUUCUGAGGUUAAAUUCAGAUAUUUCUCUUUAAUCCAAGAAUUCAGACUUUAAUCUCAGAAGUCUGGGAAAAGACAAAAGUCUGAGAUUCAUUUUUUUAACAGAAUAUCGUUGAGAAUUUAAUCUUAAUCCAGGAUUCUUACACAGUGGGGAUUUACAUACUUUUCUGUCCCCGAGGUUUUAGAAUUAUUUUUGGAAACACCGACUUUUCUAUUUUAGAAAACAGACUUUUGUACCUGUGGUAAUAAUCUGGAAACAUUAAUAUUUCUCCAUCCUUUAGUUUUCAUUUUCCAGACUUUUUAAGACCUGGAAAUUAAUCACAUU